GUUUAGGUAUACAUGUUUAACAGAAAAUGGCGUUGUUCAUUGAACUGAGGUGUGCAGCCAGACACAAAGAAGAUAUAUUCCACUGAAUACUUUCUGACAAACAUGGCUACACAGGUAGAUAAGGGAUUUAUUGUGGCGGCCAUUGACCUAGGGACAACAUAUUCCAGCCAUGCAUUCUCUUACAAGUCUGACUAUCAACGUGAUCCAUUGCAUAUCCAUACUGAAAUAUGGGAAGCUGGGAAUGAGUUGUCACACAAAACGUCGUCUGUCAUUCUCCUGAACCCGGACAAGUCCUUUAACUCAUUUGGAUUUGAGGCAGAAAAAGAAUUUACCCGAAUGGCAGAGGAGGAGAAUAUGGCGGCAGAGAUGCUGGGAGAAUACUAUUACAUAGAUUCCUUCAAAAUGAGACUUUAUCAAGAAACGGAGAACGAUCGUGUUCAAAAUGACAUUCGACGGGAUACGGAAGUAGAUGAUAUUUUUGGAAAGCCUAUAUCGCUUGUGUAUCUCAUUGAGACGUCGAUUUUGUACCUCAAAACACAUCUUCUGGAUCAACUGAAUUCUCGCGGUUUUGAUACAACCGUUACGGACGUACGAUGGGUCAUUACGGUACCAGCCGUAUGGACAGACCAGGCGAAGCAGAUAAUGAGGGAGUGUGCAUUCAAGGCUGGUAUACCUAGCAACACACUAACUUUGGCAUAUGAACCGGAAGUGGCUGCGUUGUUCUGCAAUCAUCUUCCGGCAGAUCAGCUCAGGGGAGCAGACAAGGAUAUUUUCAAGGAGGGGGAAAGAAUAAUGGUUGUGGAUCUUGGAGGGGGGACCGCAGACGUGACAGUCCAGGAGGUAUCUGGAGACAAGAUGAGGAGUAUCUUUACCGUAAGUGGUGGACCAUGGGGAGGUUCAAAGGUCAACGCCGAGUUCAUUAGCUUCUUAAUAGAACUAUUUGGAAAUGAGGUUAUCAGAAGACUUCAAAAAAAUGACAUUGAAGAUUAUCUCGAACUCAUUCGUGAAUUUGAAGUUAAGAAACGGAAUACUAGUAAAACACAAAAAGGAAUCGACUUAAGCAUCAGAAUCCCUACCGCCCUUCGUGAAAAAUACGAAGAAUUCCAUCAAAGCGACUUUAAAAAUGCAUUUACCAAAAGAAGCAGAGCUAGUAAUGAAGAGAAAGAAGAUGUCACUUUGAAAAAAGACAAAAUGAAUAUCAAACCAGACAAGGUCAAACGUUUCUUUUCCAAAACAAUCUCGAAUAUCACUGAACAUCUUACAGCUAUAACAGAACAAAGCAAUGCUAGCGUUUCCGCUAUCCUAAUGGUCGGAGGAUUUUCAGAAUGCAAACUGGUCAGUGACGCCAUCAAAGAAGCCUUUCCUGAUCACCAUGUUAUUAUCCCUAUGGAGUGUGACCUUUCUGUUAUCAAGGGAGCGGUCCUGUACGGCCAUAGACCCGAAUCAAUCACCGCUAGGUACUGUCAUUACAGUAUUGGCAUCAGUCUCAACAAGCUAUACGACCCAAAUGAGCAUGUUGGAGCUACUACAUUCAAAGCGGGAAAAACGGUAAAAUGCGGGAACUGUUUCGAAACAUUCUUCCGUAAAGGUCGCAUUGUAGAAGUGGGUGAGAAGGAAGCAGUAGAGGUCCACAGCGAUCACAGAGGGAGCGACAGGGAAAAGUGGAAGUAUGAUGUCAAGGAAAUUGAAAUAUUCACCUCAAACAACGCUCACACGAAAUUCGUUACAGACGCGGGAUGCAAUCGGCAUGCGAUAGUAACGAUUGACCCACCGGAAGGCGGCUGGUCACAAAUAACUGACGGAAAAAUCGAAAUGGAAGUAGGUGGAACGGAG